GAAAGCGCUGAAAAUCUUGGUUGAGAGACGAGGCGAAUUCAGAGACUUGCAGAGACUUUUGAGCUGAAACUGAUUCUUCAAGAAGCCCUGAGGAUUUCUGAGAGGAGACUUUCUUUCCAGGACGACAUCGGAGGAUAUUUUCUUUGAAAAGAAUAUAUAAUUAUUUUAAUCGUUCAGAUUACUUGUUAAGACGCUUAUUUUAUUGCUCUUUUGUCAUUUCUGUUUUAGUUUGUGUAUUUUUCUACUUGUUUGUUUGACAUUUCAGUUGUCUUUUAUUGAUUUGUCAUUAUAUUUUCUCUUGUUUGUAUUUUCUCUUGUGGUGGAGUUUUGCAGGACGGUCUUCAUGGCGCAAAUGGCUGAAAGAGGAAGCCGCUCCAGAUCCAGGAGUGCAGCUUUCACCCAGACAGCAGUUCAGGACACAGAGACACGGGACGCUUCUGGUGGGCUUCCUGGUUAUUUGGCUCCUCUGUCCUCCCUGUUGGCCGAUUCAGUGUCCACAGAUCAGAGGAAGAGGAAGCAGCAAACGGCGUCCACCUCGUCUAGGAGACCUGCCAAACGCUCUCGCAGAGACCAAUAUGCCAAGGGCCCGUUGCUGGGACGAGGCGGAUUCGGCUCUGUGUUUGCUGGGAUCCGCAGGUCUGAUGGACUGCCAGUGGCCAUCAAGUACGUGUCUAAAGAGCCGACGGACACCAGACUGAAAGUUGACGGUCAGGGUCGUCUGCCGCUGGAAGUGGCGUUGAUGACCCGCGUCUCUUCAGCUCCUGUCUGCCCCAGUGUCCUGCAGCUGCUGGACUGGUUUGACCAUCGCAGACGCUACGUCCUGAUCCUGGAGCGUCCAGCUCCUUGCCAAGAUCUCCAGAGUUUCUGUGAGGAGAACGGCUGUCUGGACGAGCCUCUGGCCAAGAAAGUGCUGGUGCAGCUGAUCGCGGCGCUGAAACACUGCGAGAGCCGCCGCGUCCUGCACCGAGACGUCAAGCCAGAGAACCUGCUGAUCUCCACAGACUCACACGACAUCAAGCUGCUGGACUUCGGCUGUGGAGAUCUGAUGAAGGACUCGGCCUACAGAUACUUUGCAGGCACUCCAGCUUUUGCUCCUCCUGAGUGGUUUCGGCAUCAUCGCUAUCAUGCCUCUCCACUGACAGUCUGGUCCAUCGGCGUGACUCUCUACAACAUCCUGUGCGACUGUUUCCCCUUCAGAGGCGCACAGAGGGUCACGUCCAAAAGCAGACUACACUUCCCGAGGAAGCUGUCGACAGGUUCUCCAGUUUUAUGUCUCGAUGAAACACCCCACAAUGGCAGCACAGAUUGAGGGACACUGUUUCCUGCAUGAUACAACGUGCUCAGUUUUCCUUGAUGGAGCCUCAGUGAGACACCUUAAAGUCAAAUAAGUCUUGUCAAGGCAGGAUUAAGACAAACUGCUAAUGGAACGGGACCAGGCUAGAAGAAAGAUCAGCGUUGGACCGAGGUGCUUUCGCAAUAAAACUUGUUUAUUUGCCUGUUUAAAACAAAGGAAAAUGUAUUAAACAAUUGACAAUAAGCAAUCAAACAUGUUA